CGCUAGCUGCGACCUGCGAACACCGAAGACUGGCCGAAGACUGGUCUCCGCGCUUCUUCAGGCUGCUGUCCACCCUCUGGUCUCAGCUGGUGACAUAUCCUUGCGGAGUCUCUGCAACUGUUACCGCCUGCGACUAGAGGACUCUCAGCAGUCGUGAGGUCACCGCCACCACAGCUGUUCCUCGGCGUGUUGUCGCGCGCCGAUGGAAAUAUUAUGACAGACUCCGUAACAGGAUGGAUGACAGCCAAUAGGAGCUAGCUACAUCUAAAACCAGGCAGGAAAAGGUCCACCUGUUUGCCUCGCCAACUUCUCGCCCGACAGGGACCUCGUGCAAUGGAUCUUCCGUACGCGCGCGGAAGUAGUAGUGAUCAAGUUCACAGCAGCAGUCUGUGGAUGCGUGGGGAGGAGCAUGGCGGGGACACAAGUCACCCGCUGCCGGUCCUCGACGCCGCAAGCGCGGGCAGGUUGUACGGCCACGACGACAACGGGCGCGCUCACCAGCCGGGCGGCCUGGGUCAGCUGCAUGUCAACCAUUUGGCGGGGCUCAAGCGCUCCAUCUGGGAGGCCUGCGCGGUGGGCUUGCAGGCACAGGAGUUGCAGGCGCGAUCCGAGGCCGCCAAGCUUUCGCCGCUAGGCCCCCAAGAUGUGCCUGCGCCGCCCAACCAGUCGUCGCAACACCAAUUGCUUCUUCAGCGUCUAGUCAGCGCGCUUGGCGGUGGCCACAACGCUGUCGCUGCCGCCACCACUAGCAGCGGCAUUGGUAACAGCUCAGGCUACAGCUCUGGGCUGCCGCUGCAGGCGCUGCAGCUACUAGUGCGCCAGCAGGCCGAGCAGCGUGAGGUGGUGGGCGCGGGCGAAGUGGAGGGUGGUGAGGCUGCGGCGGACCAGGAGCGGACGGCCAAGCGCAUGCGGCUUCAACUGUUCGAAAAGAUACUGCUGGCUCAGGAGCAGCAGCAGGGCAGGCAGCAGCUGCUAAGCACGCUGCAAGUAAAGCAGGAGCAUCAGCAGGAGCACGAGCAUACGCUGCUGCAGCAGCUGCGGCAGCACCAGCAGCAGCACCAGGAGGACCGGCGGCCGGCGGCCGGGCCGCCUCUGCAGCUGCAGCUGCUGCAGCGGCACCUAAUGCAGUUGGGGCCGUCCGCGAGCAGAGCGGCCCAGCAGCAGCAACAGAGUGGCAGCGGCGUAGGCGAGCGUGCAGGCACAAGCGAAAGCUCCCUUAGCGGUUCAAUGGCCACGGGCGCUGUGCUGCGGUUCAAGUCAGAGGCGGAGGUGGAGCAGCAGCUGGCGACGGCCGCGGCGCCCAUGGCGGCGGCGGUCAAGGCAGAGUUGAUGCUGGAGCCAGGGCACCUCGGCAUUGGACGCGGCUCGGAGACCGGCACGGGCACCGGCGCCGGCACGGCUCCUGCGUAUGACAGUCAGGCGGAGGGUGCAGCGGAGUCCGGGCGGAAGCCGCAGUGCGGCCAGCAGCCGUGCAUGGGCACGUCACCGGCGGCAGCGCAGCGCGAGGCACAACCGCAGGAUGCCCAACCGCCACUGGACGAGGGGCAGCGGGAACAGCAGCAGCCCCGGCCAUCGCUGCAGCUGCGCGGCAUCCAGGCCGCGACCAAGAGCCAGCCAGCCACAUCAGCGGCUGCGAUAAUUGAGACCAGCAGCAGGUCUCCGGCAGGCUCUGAUGUCACGCCGGUGGCGACGCCCCAAGCACAAAUGGUGGACGGAGCCGUCGUGAGCCCGGAGGAGGCGGUGGCAGGGAUGCAGAUGGACGCAGGCUCGCCGGCCGCCGCCGCCGCUCCGGAGGCAGAGGAGCAAGUCACUAGUGCCGCUGACGACACCGCGGCUGUGGCGGCAUUCCUGCUGCACCUGCGCGAGGCGGCCGUGCCCGAAAGUGGCUCAGGCGGUGACGACGGCGAGGACGGCAUGGAGCUCGCGGCCCCGGAGGUGGAUGAGGCGCCGCUGCCCGAGGUGGACAUUCUGCCGCUGGAGGCGCCGCAGGAGGGCAUGGUGGACGCGGGGGACGGCGUGUUUGUGUGCCCCACCACCGCCGGCCCCGGCAUCACCUUCUGGCCGCUGUGGAAGCCCGACCCGAACGGCGACCAGGAGCUCUUCCCUCGUGUGGCACGGGGGCUGCGCACGAGGCCCAACCGGCCGGCUGGGCCCAUCUCAUCUGGCCACUACGCCAAGCUGCGUGAGGCUGUGGCGCCCGACCCCCGCACGCCCCGUGUGCCGCGCCGCGCAUUGCUCGGCGGCCUUCACCCCGCCGCCCUGGCGCAACUGCUGGCGGCGCAGCAGCUGCAGCUGCAGCUGCAGGACCAGCACCAGCACCAGGCCGAGGCCCAGCAGUUGCAGCUCCUACAGCUGCAGCAGCAGCAGAUGGCGGCGCUGGGGCAGCAGCAGCAGGAGCAGCUGCUGCAGCUGUACCAGCAGCAACCGCAGCAGCCGCAGCUGCAGCCGCAGCCGCGCUUCCUGGUACAGCGCGGCGCGAACGGGCAGCCCGUGCUGGUGCCCCUCACCGGGGCCGCACUCCCUGCGCACCUGGCCUCAGGCCGGGCAGGCGCCGCCGGCGGUGGCAUUAACCCGCAGGCCGCCGCCGCAUUGCUGGCGCGACUGACAGGCGCGGAGCCGCCAUCAGCCGGGUCGCCGGCGCCUGCGGCGGCGCUGGUGGCGGCGGCACUUGCGGGCGACGCGUCAGCACUGCUGCUGCUGUCGCAGCAGCUCGAGACCGGCGGCGCCCGCGGCAGCGGCGGAGCCAGCGGCGGCUUCCUACCGCGUAGCGUGAGCGCGGUGACCAAUGUGGGCGCUGAUGACGAGGACCCUGGCCACAAGCACGACCAUCUACCCGCGUUCGCCUCCGACGGCCACCACCACCACGCGCGCCCUCACCCGCACCCGCGCCAGCACGCCGCCGGCGGCCCCAUCCGGGGCUUGCACCACCAGCACCAGCAGCAAUACCAGCAGCUGCUGCUGCAGCCCCGGCAGCAGCUCCACCUGGAUGCUGCACGGCACCAUCCCUACGGCGCGCAGGCCCCCACGGGGGGCGGCGGCGCCGGCAUGCAGCAGGCGCAGGCAGGACUGCCGCUUUCGCUGCCGGGAGUGGUCGGCGCAGAGUGGGUGCCGCCUCCGCCUCCGCGGCCGCCGCGCAACCACCGCGGCCCUCUGCUGUGCUCCAACUGCGGCACCACGCAGACGCCGCUUUGGCGCAAGGACCGCGAGACGGGUCAGACCGUUUGCAACGCAUGCGGUAUCUACAAGCAGACGCACAACACCGACCGCCCAGUCGACGGCCGAAGCGAGGAACGACCGCAGCAGGCGGCGCAGCCUGCCCGCAGCCAACUGCCGCCGCCACUCCAGCAGCAGCACCCGCAACUGCUCGAGCGGGGCGCGGCUGCGGUGGUUUUGCCUGCCAACGCGGGUGGCCAGCGACAGCUCGCCGCGGCCCUCGAAUUGUCAAACCGCUGGGCGCACGAGCGCAGCACAGCCGCCGCCACUGCUGCUGUGACGGCCGACGUCGGUCGCUCGCCGCGCUGGUCCGCGCCGCAGUCGCCUUUGAACGAAGCUGCGUCAGAGGCAGCCCUGGAGGGAGGCCUUGGGGUGGCGGGUGGGGAGCGGGCUGCCGUGCAGCCUCUGCAGCUGCAGCUGCAUUUGGGGCCGCUGUCUCGCGAGCUAUCGCUACAGACGCUGCCGCUGGGGCCGCUGCACUCGGACGCUGACUUGGACCCUGCGCGCCUGCUCGGUGGGGCCCCGCUAGCCGCCGCUACUGAGGCUUCUUCGGCAUCCCCAGAGCUGGCAAACGGCCAGCGGAUGCUGGACCUGAACCUCAGUCCGGAGGCGCAGCUAGUCGGCUCGGACCGAAUUGCCGCCGCGUGUGCCAGUGGCGGCAGGGCGGUGGUGCACGUGCAGGGCUCCCGGGCCGCGUCGCCGCUGCGACUAGACGAGGCUGCGGCUACGGCAGUGGCUGGAGCUGAAGGCGGAGCUGAUCGUGGGCAGCGCCCGGUCUCGCCACUGCGGCUGUCGGCCCUCGCUGGCGGGGAUAGCGUGGCAAGCGGUGCGGCAGGAGCAGGCGGCGGUGGGGCGACUGCAGCACGCCUCGGCGAUGAGGGAGUGGGCGCGGGAGCAGGCGGCAUCGCCAGUAGUGUGCUGCUACAGCACCUGGUGCAGAAGGUGCGGUCGGGCCAGGAGCACACCGUGCUUGCGCCGCGCCAGCAGCGACACCAGCAGCACCAGCAGCACCAGCAGAACCAGCAGAACCAGCAGCACCAGCAGCAGAACCAGCAGCAGGGAGCGGCACCGGCGACGUCCACGGCAGUGCUGCUGCGGCAGCUGCUGAGUGCGCUUCACCGCGCGCAGGCGGGCGGCGCGGCGGACGGCCAGGACAGCGGCCAGAGCGAUGCGGCAGCCCAGCAGCGCGAGCGCGAGCCGGCCGCACUCCGUGACCUGAACGGAGGCGCGGGCGGUGCGGCGGGUCCGGUGAAGCUCGGAGCGCUUGAUGUGGCGGGCGAGGGCGUGGUGGGCAGAGGCGCUGACAGGCCAGGCGAGGGCCACGAGGACGCACGGCUGAAGAUUUUGCAGGCGCUACAGCUUCACCGCCAGCAGCAGGAUGCGGAGCAGGGGCACCGGCAGGCGAGCGUGUGUGUGGAACAGCAGCAGCAGCAGCAGCAGCAGCAGCAGCAGCAGCCCGUGCUGCAUCGGCUCGUGGGCAGUGGCGCAGGCGCGGCCGUGCCACACAUCAGCAUUGACCUCACCGAUGAUGCCGACGACUACGACGCAGCGCCGCCGCGACACGUGCCGCUGCUGCCGCUGCCGCGCAGUGCGCAGCAGUUGUCGCACCUGCCGCUCCACCCGCGGCAGCCGCACUCACACCCACCCUCUCAGCCACUGCAGCGAGACCUCGGAGGCCUGCCGUUGACGCAGCCGCCUGCAGCUGGAGGCGCAGGUGUGGGGGCGGGCCGUGCAGGUCACGGGGUGCGGCUGCAGCAGCUGCAGCUGCAAGGCCACGGGGUAGGAAAUGGGUCCAGCUGGCUAGAAGAUGGGGGCGAGCUCGGCGGCCGCGAUGGCUACGGGUGCAGCGGUGGCCGGGACCGUCCGCACCCGGUGAUGCAGCUACACCCAGUCGCGGUGGGCGUGGGCGGCGGCGGCAAGGCGACCCCGGGACAGCUGCAAGCUGCAGGGCGCUGGCUGCAGCUGUGAUGCACUGGUACCCGUAGCUGCAGAGCCCUAGGGAUACAGACGGCUGGCUGCAGGGCACACAUGCAAUCGCCUGCAAUGCAGUGUGGUGCAUCCGACGGAACGCCUGUUGGGCAAGGAGCGGUGCUGCACGCGUGAAUGAGUGCACAUCCACCGAAUGCGAAAUCUCUAUGGCCUGGAACCUAAUCACUAAAGAAAAGUGGCACAAUAACAUAUGGCUGGGCUGGAUGGGGGGGGGCAUUCCGUCUUGCGGGGACUCCUUAACUAUUAGCGUGUCAUUGAGCGCUUGCGCCUCUUUUUGCCAUCCCGAUGGCCCACGGUGUGCUUAGUGCUGUGGCGUACUGGAGCGAAACUUGUACAACAGGUGGGUACUUGGGUUACGUCAACCGCACUGCUGUACGGAGUUUUGUGAAGCGCGAGGUUGUGUGGGGCCGCUUUCUGAGUGCUCGUACUUUCCGUCAGACAUGUGGUGCGACAUCGACUCACCGAAGUACCGUGGUAGCAGUACCGUGCAGUGCCCCGCGUCCUCACUCAUGAAGGAUGCGGGGCUUGAUGCACAAAUACUACGAGCACGCUGGACAGACAUGUUUCACCUGACCGGUUUUGCAAGGCCCGCAUUUGGGCCCUCUGCUGAUCUCUGGUACCUGUGCGGGGAGGUCCGCGUUUGCGGGCUUGCCGCUAAACUAGUGACUUGGAGACCGGGGCUGGGUACUAGACGUUUCGUCGCACCUUGUGUUGCUUGGCCGCUGCUCUUGUGAUGCAGCUGUCAUAUAUGUAUAUAAUCAUAGUGCUGUCAGUGUUUAGGGGAAACAAAACACGGUUAGGGAACCCAAGGAAAGGAACAGAACGACCUGCCUUAUGCGGCGCGGUGCGACGCUGGCGGUACUACCGGUGCUUUGUGGUUAUUUCCUGGCCACCAUGCAUGUGUGGGAUGGAUAGCAGAGUGUGAUGAGGAUAUGACCAUGUGUUGUGCAGGAGAGUCAAGUGUGAGGUGUCGACGCAUGCUGUACCGUAUUCCGGAUAAGUCGUGGCAGGCUGUGAUGUAAGUACUAAGCAGUGACUGUAACGGCUGAGGAUGCACUUGUGGUAACCGCGUUCACCGAGCUGCAUUCUGGCGAGGUUGGCGGUAAGCGGGGAUGCCCUGGUAAUGCCGUGCUCGACUGAUACCGGGCUCCUGGGUCCUGGCAACAACAUCGCUUUUUUUAAACCCGGGCACCUGCGCCCCUGGACCGUUCGGGGGCAUCUGUGCUGGGCGAUUUGUGGACUACUGGGGGCCAGCGCCGCCUGGCGCCGAUGGCCUUCUCUGGCGGGGCCACGGGUGCAAGGCGGGGCCGGGGUGCCUGUCGGGUGCCACCUUCGGGCACGGAUGAUUGUUUCAGCCCACAGGAUUUCAGCGAAGCCUGUAAACACAUAUACUC